AUGUUCCGAACAGCACUCCUCAGGUCCGCCCGGUCCGCCGUCCGCGCUGCCCCACGAUGCCAGGCCGCAAUGGCUCGCCCCGUUGCGCGAAGCUCCUUCGUCCAGCCAAAGCAAAUGAAUCCCUCCGUAUACUUCCAGGCCGUACGAUGCUACGCCGCGAGCGCCGGUCUGUCAAAAGAUGAGGUCACCGGCAGGAUAAUGGACCUUUUGAAGAACUUCGACAAGGUCACCGAUGCCUCCAAGCUGAACGCCGAAUCGCACUUCCACAACGACCUCGGUCUCGACAGUCUGGAUACCGUAGAGGUGGUCAUGGCAAUUGAGGAGGAAUUCAGCAUUGAGAUCCCCGACAAGGAGGCCGAUGCCAUCCACAGCGUCAAGCAAGCAGUGGACUACAUCAUGGCCCAGCCCGAUGCUCACUAA